UUGGUUUUUAUUUAUUUUUUAUUUUGUAAGUACAUUCGUCGGCGUUUUAAUUUAAAUAAACAAAUAUUAACCUUUUUAAACAUAUAAUAAAAAUGGAACUCGUUUUCUCCGAACUUUUGUCUCGCGAGGAUAUUUUACGCAUUUUACACAGCCGUUGCCUUCAAAUAUGCGACAUCGAUAAAAUGAGUGAUGACGAACUGAUGCGUGUAUAUAGAACCUUUGUGUUACCUCUAUCCCAAAGGCAUUCACGUAAUAGGAGAAUUGAACGACAACGAAAUUUAUUGGAUUGUAAGAUGAAUACAGAAUUGCAUGAUUCUGGCGAAUUUUUGAUGGACGUUGACGAAUCGCCUGUGGUUGGCGUCCAUCUUAAUCACAUUACUGAAAAACGUCGACCAGAAUUGCAUGAUGUGUAUGAUGAGAUAGAAAUUGUUAAAGACGAUUAUCAAUAUCAAUUAAGUUCUGCUACUAAACGUAUUAAAAUUUCAUUAUCCUGACCCUUUUUUAUAAAUCACCAAUGCCAUCAGUAGUUUUAACAAUCUAGCAGAUAAUUACAAGUGAAUAUUUUCAAUUUACUUUUUUUAAGUUUUUGAGCUUUAACUUUAUACUUUUAUAUAUACGCUUGUUGGUCCCAUAUGUGUGUAUUACAAUUCGUCUAUAGUUAAAAUUUUCAAAAAAAAACUUUGUAGUAAUUAAGGCAAUGUAAGUUAAAUAA